AUGAAAGCAGCCCAAGACCGACAGAAAAAGUACGCAGAUCGUCGAACCCGACCUUUGGAGUUUGCUGAAGGGGAUCUGGUGUACCUUCGAGCUACCCCAAUACAUCCAAUAUUUAGACAUCAACGAAAGGGAAAACUAGGAUCUCGGUAUUUGGGACCGUAUCGAAUCAAGGAUCGAGUUGGACCACUUACCUACCGUCUAGAGUUGUCAGAGGCAUUAACCGGACUACAUGAUAUAUUUCAUGUUUCCCAGUUACGGAAGCAUAUAUAUAAUCCAGACAUGGAAGUGCACGCUAAGAAUGUUGAACUUCAACCCGAUAUGACAUUCGAGGUGCAACCUGUACGAGUACUGGAACGCCAGGAUCGCCAAUUAAGACGUAGAACUCUACAUAUGGUAAAUGUGCAAUGGAGCCAACAUUUAGAAUGA